CGGAGUUGAGCUGAGCGGCUGCUUUGGGGAGUCUCGGCCGCACGUGGUCUGCAGCGGGCCCGGAAGAGCCGUGCGCGCUGGGGCAUGGCGGGGACCCCCGCUGGCGGUGCUGCUCGGUUCUCUUGCCCCCCCAACUUCAUAACGACAGCCCCAGCUUCGAAGCCCUGUCGCCUGUCCCUGGAGGCCUUGACAGGUCCAGAUACGGAAUUAUGGCUCAUCCAGGCCCCUGUAGACUUCGUCCCAGCCUGCCUCAACGGGCGCCUGGUGCCCCUCGCUGGCUCCCAGAUGGUGAAGGGCAAAGUGGAUGGAAAGCGACAUCGUUACCGAGUCCUCAGCAGCAGCGAUUCUGGGACUGGGGUGGCCACUCUUCUGGCCCCCUCAGAAACUGGAGGGGGCCUCACCUGUGCUCCAACCCCUCUGGGCAGCCUGAGGAUCAUUGAGGGUCCCCCAAAGGCCACAUCUGGAAUCCCACUGCAGUCCAUUCCCGCCAGCCCUGCACCCCAGAUUCCUGAAGGUCUGAGACCCCGAUUUUGUGCCUUCGGGGGAAGCCCCCCGGUCACUGGACCCACGGCAGCCUUGGCACUGAGCUCUCCGGCCUCAGGGAAGCGGAAAAAGAAGAGGCAUCAGCCAGAAGCAGGGGUACCUGGAGAGCCCCUGAAUGGACUGGAUGCCCUGGAGGUAGAUGCAGUUUUGGGGGUCCCAGAGAUGGCGGCGGGGAAGAAGAGGAAGAGGAAGAAACAGCAGCUGGAAGAGCUGGAGGGGGCAGAGCUGGGGGGCACAGAGGCCCUCCCGGCAGAGACACAGGAGCCUCUGGGGGUGCCAAGCCCAGCACGCCCCAAAAAGAAGAAGAAGCGGCACAGAGAGGCAGAAACCACCGAGUUGGCUUUGGAGAUGCUGGAGCCAGCGGUAGAGAUGCCGGAGCCGGUGGUAGAGAUGCCAGAGCUAGCGGUAGGGACCAUGGAGCCCCCAGACAGGACCGUGGAGGGACCCCAACUCUGGGGUGAAAUGGACCUACUGGAUGACAGUGGCCUGCAGGUCCCCAAAAAGAAAAAAAGACGGAAGGGGGCAGAGGAGGUCCCGGAGGAGUAUCAGCUGCAACCAGCGAUGGAACCCCAAGAAGAAACCGUCACACUGCCAUCCCCCAAAAAGAAAAAGAAGAAAGAAAAGGAGCACCAAGAGCCAAAGGAGCUGGACCCUGGGGUGAUGGAGCCGGAAGUUGAGCCUCCAGCACAGGUCGCUCAGCCCCUCACCAAGCAGAGGAAGAAAGACAGGAGGUCAUUUGUCCCAAUGGAGCCCCAAGAAGAGGGACCCGGGUUUGAGCUGUUGGAUAUUCUCAAGCCUCAGGCAGUGUCACCGCCUGCCAAGAGAAAGAAAGAGAAAAGGCACAGGGUGGCAGAACCAGGAACUGACGCGACCGAGCCCCAAGGGGAGACAGUAGACCUGGAGCUGGUGUCUCAGCACCUUGGGGAACCCCCGAGCCACGAGAAGAAGCGAAAGAAGAAGAAGCUGCAGCCAGAUUCUGGGGAGCUGAGCUGAGCCGAGGAGCUCCCUGUGCCUGCAGAAGGCAAAGAAACCCCCCUUUUCGCGCACCCAGACACCAGCCAGAGACUGGGCUAGGCAAACAAAUGCUUUAUUGCUAUGGGGUGUGCCCCCUGGCAGCAGAGUCCUGGGGUACUUUCAAGAAGGGCUCAUGCAGCACAUCGUAGAGUCUCCGGGCCUGGUGGGAAGGGGGAAGAUGACGAUUAAAAGAGCCCUUUGGGGGG